AUGGCAUUAGGCAGUAAAAUAAAUCAAAUUUUAGAUGAUCCAUCUAAAAAAAGUAUUACAACAACUACAACUACAAAUUCAAAUACAAUCGUUAAAAAAGUACAUUUAUUAAACGAGGAUCAAAAAGAGGAGGAAGAGGAUUGCAAUACUUGCGAAUUAUUGGGUGUAUCCGAUAAAAAGAAUCAAAUGUUUUCAAUGAUUUCAUCCAAUAGUUUUAGUAGUAAUUCCAAUACAUCAAAUAAAAAUAAAAAUAUAGAAAAAGAUACAAAUGAUGAAGCAGAUUUUUGGUUACCUUUAGAUCAACCACCAACAUCUGUCGAGUUGGGUAAUAGUGGAUGGACACUACUUCAUACAAUGGCAGCUUAUUACCCAGAGAAACCAAGCGAAACAAGAAAACAAGAUACAUUAGAUUUUUUAACAAGUUUUUCAAAAGUUUAUCCAUGCAAAGUGUGCGCAAAAGAUUUUAGAGAGAUCAUUAAAGAAACUCCACCAAAAUUAGAGUCACAGAAAGAUUUUGCACUUUGGUUAUGCGAUGCCCAUAAUUCAGUUAAUACUCAAUUGGGUAAACCAAAGUUUGAUUGCGAUCUCUUAAAUGAUCGUUGGAAAAUAGGCUCAAAGUUCCAUUAA